AUGAGCAUAUCUGUCUUUCUCUCUCUUGCACUCUCAUAUUCAUAUUCAUCUAUCUAUCUAUCUAUCUAUUCUAUCUAUCUAUCUAUCUAUCUAUUUGCAAACCUCUUUUUGUAUUAUGUUCAUAACUUAACAUAUUCUAUCUAUCUAUCUAUCUAUCUAUCUAUCUAUCUAUCUAUCUAUCUAUCUAUUAUUUCCAUUUGCAAACCUCAUUUCUCUCUCUCUCUCUCUCUCUCUCUCUCUCUCUCUCUCUCUCUCUCUCUCUCUCUCUCUCUCUCUCUAUCUCUUUACAUUCACCUGCGAACAUGCUUGUUCCAAGCGUUCGUCCGUCUUGUCUCUUUUAUCCUAAUUUCCCGUCCGCAGUCUCUUUCUGAACCCACCUCCAGUUCUCCCGCCUUUUCAGAGUUCUUUCUUUCUCCUGCCCUAAAACUAUUCUUUCAUUCUUACUUUCUUCCUAUUUUCUUUCUUUUCAUCUUUCUUUUCCUUUUCUGUCUCUUCCUUCUUUUCAUAAUGACGUCAUUUUCUUUCUUUCUCUCUUUCUUCCUAUUUUUUUUUCCUUCUUUUCUUUUCACGUUCUUUUUGCUUUUCUUUUAUUUCCGUGUUCUUCAUAUUUGUUUCUUUUAUCAUACUUUCUUUCUUACUUUCUUUCUUUUUCUUUCUCUCUCUGUCUUGAUUUCUUUCUUUCUUUUUUCCUUCUUUUUCGUUCUUUUAUCAUUCAUCAAAAUAUUUUUAUUGUCUUCUUCAUUUUUCUUAUUGUUUAUCGCGUUCUUUUUUUUUGGUUUCUUCUUUCUUUCUUUCUUUUUUUCAUUCGUUCUUUCAUUGAUUUUUUCUUUCUUUCAUUUAUGCCUUUUCUUUUCUUUCAUUCAUUCUUUUUCUUUCAUUCACUCUUUUUCCUUUCGUUGUUAUUUCAUUGAUUCUUUCUUUCUUUUAUUCAUUCAUUCAUUCAUUCAUUCAUUCUUUCUUUCUUUCAUUCUUUCUUUCUUUCUUUCUUUCAUUCUUUCUUUCUUUCUUUCUUUUUUCAUUCUUUUCUUUCUUUUCAUUCUUUCAUUCUUUUCUUUCUUUUCAUUCUUUUUCUUUUCUUUCAUUCGUUCAUUCUUUCUUUCAUUCUUUCUUUCAUUCGUUCAUUCUUUCUUUCAUUCUUUCUUUCAUUCGUUCAUUCUUUCUUUAAUACAUUGUUUUCAGUUAUCACUCUCUCUGUCUUUCUCUAUGUCUGUCUAUCUUACUUUCUCUCUUGUUUGUCUCUUUUGUCCCAUCUAUCUCAGUCUGUCCAUAUCUAUCUAUCUAUCUAUCUAUCUAUCUAUCUAUCUGUUUUUAAAAGCAACUUUAUUUCUAUGUCUGUUUGACUAUCUCUCUUGUUUCUAUCUAUCUAUCUAUCUAUCUAUCUAUCUAUUUACGGAGUGCCCAACAAAAGACAUGAAAUUUUAG